AUGCACCCAAAUCUUCGCACCCUCACCCACACGCCCAUACCUCCCUUCAUCACCCUUUCUGCACCUCGUCCACCGCGUCUUGGACCCCUCCUCUUCUCCCGACCAUGCGCUCGAUCACUACACUCCACCUCGCGCCUCAUGCCACGGCAAACACCCACCGCUCUCUCCUCUGGUAUUCGCUUGUCGGCACUGCGGAAUACCCCCUCUACGCGCUCUAUCGCCUAUACCGCUUCUGCCCCGGAUGCCAUGUUCAGCCACCCACCGCCCGAGCCGGGAGCGGAUUUCAACCUCGUCAUGAUUGGAGCUGGUAACAUCAUGUUUGGCUCAGAUGAAGGACCAUGGAACCACUCUUUCCGAUUCGAGCACAAGCUUGGCCCUCGUCUCAAGGUCACCGCUCUCAUUGACCCCGCUAUUGCCCGCUCAGAAGCCGUGCUCGAGGGCAAAAGGCAGAGCUUCGUCGAGUCGGCGUACAGAGACACCAAGACGUACAAGACCAUCGAGGAUUACUAUCACGCUUUGAAGAAGUCUGGUAAACCCUUCCCUGAUGCCAUCGUCAUUGGAUGCCCGCCUGCCUACCGUGGUGGAACAACCAAGGGGACCGAUCUUGAAAUUCAGCUUCUCAAGCACUUCCCCCAGACCGCUUACUUCGUCGAGAAGCCCGUCGGAACCGGAACCAUCGAGGCCGCCAAGACCGUCACCGACGCCCUGAUCAAGAACGGCAACAUUGUCUCGGUCGGUUACAUGCUGCGAUACCUCCGCUGCGUCCAGAAGAUGAAGCAGAUCAUCCACGAGAACAACUUGACCGUCAUGGCUACCAAUGCACGAUACUCCUGCGCGUACGAGGCCAUUGCCAAGCCCGCAUGGUGGAACAAGGCCAUCGAUAUGGGACCGGUCAUCGAGCAGGGUACCCACUUCUGUGACUUGUCGCGAUACUUCGGUGGUGAUGUGGACAUUGACUCGGUCUCGGCAAAGUCGGUCGAGUUCUACGAGGCGCCAGGAAAGCUCUCCAAGGUCCCCGUUGACGAGUCUCUCAUCCCAGAGGACCAGCGCAUUCCUCGUCUGACAUCCGCUAUCUGGAAGUACAAGGACGGCGCAGUCGGCUCCUUCACGCAUGCUGUCGCUCUCCAGGGUACCGCCUACGCUUGCGAGCUGGAAGUAUGGGCUGAUGGAUACCUCAUGAGGCUGGUGGACCCGUACAACGCGCCUACUCUCUAUGUCCGUCGACCAGGAGACGACCACGAGGAGAGGCACGUCUACACUGACGACGACCCGUUCUUCUCUGAGGUUUCUUCCUUCAUUGAUUCCAUUGAGGGUGGACCCGACCCACACAUCCUCUCGUCGUUCGAAGACGCUACCAAGACAUACGAGCUCACCUGGGCUAUCCGUCUCGCCUCGGAAGCUUCGCGUGCUCCCCGAGUGCAAUGA